AUGCAGCAACUGCAGCAACCUGAUGCUUUCGGAGUGCUUCCAGCACAGCUCUUUCCACGUCCGGGGCAUCCGGGUGAGUGGAUCCAGGCGUUGCCAAAUCAGCUUUUCAGGACGGUAGUUCAACCGCUCGCCAGACCAGAGUUUAUAGUUGGCGUGCGGGUGGAAUACCUGAGCGCACGGUUCCAAUCUCAGAUGCGUGGUGUGAUCACGGCGCGAAGUCCCUUCAACAUGUUGGAGAUCUCAUCGGAGCCUGGGCAGUGGAUCUCUGUCCACAGCCCAACCCUUCGAUUGGUGCAGCAGCCAGAAGCGCAAGUGGCAAGAUAUCCAGCCGGAGCCGCAAUCGAGUAUCUCUGCAGAGAGCGAAAUCAGUGGCGGAGAGGAACUGUGACGGCAGUCAUGCCCAGAACCGGCAACCUGCAGAUUUCUUUGAGGCCUGGGUACUGGUUAAGCCCUGCUGAGCAGCAGACGAUUCUCAGACCGCUGCAGCUUCAACCAGCUCUGUCUCGGUCUGCGAGUCUUGUUGCUGGACGGCAUGCGGUCAGACCCGAGAUGAUCGUAGAGGGAGCCCAUUUACGGUUUUUCUUCGCCGGGGCCUGGAAGCCUGUCGUCGUGCGGAGCGUGCUACCAGAUGGCAAUGUGCAGAUUGGCUGGCAUGAGGGAACCAGCUUCUACACAGCUACCACACCACCCGGACUGCUGCAGAACGACCCGAGCUUUCCGGCAGAUGAAGAGGAGUUGCGGCGGCUGAACACUCGGCUGUCGAGGGCACGGGCCCAGAAUCCGGUCGAGGACUACAAGAUUCCCCAAGCUUUGGAUGCUCUGGCCCUGCCUGGUUUGCGAUCGAUGGAACAACCUCAAUUCAGGUUGGGGUUUGUCCGAGCCAUCAAAGCGCUGAUUUGCUCGAAGUCCACCCUAGCAGAGCAACAGGUCUUUGUGAAGAUCCGCUCUGCCAAUCUCUCUGCGCUUCAAGCUGUCUUGGAUCAACGCGAUGAGCGCCGGAGAGGACUACACAGCUUUGUCUGCAGCAUCAAGGUCGGACCGGUGGCGGCCAUGCGAGCUGGGAAGCUACGAAGCAAGCAUACCCACCCUUCGACAAAUGGAGGCUUGAGGCCAAUGUGGGGUACGGAUGGGGUUGAUUUUGCAUUCAAAGCGCCAGGGGACGAGUUCGACUUGGCACUGUGCGUCAAGAUAUGCAAAGCUGGUAGGGCUACCCAAUCGGAACUUUUGGCAGUUGCAGAAAUGGAGAUUCCACCUGGAAGGCAUGCUCAUCGGCUGCUGCUUUUUCCCGCUGUGGAGGGAGCCAUAGCGCGGGGGCCGUUGAUAUUAUUUCUGGAGACGGUGAUGGUGGAGUCUCACAUUGGAGUUUCGUGCAUUUCAUGCAGGACCAAGCCGAUUCGAGGGCCAAGAUUUCAAUGCAGUAUAUGUCCCAAAGUCAAUCUGUGCCAUGAAUGUUAUCCCUUGCGGGCGACAGUCCAUCCGGACCAUGAUUUCCUUCGAUUUGAGACUGCGGACUAUCUGGAGCCAACUCGUUCAAGCUCUGUCAGGUCGAACCUGUCCCUUGCUGAUUCUGGCAGACAUUUGCUGCAAGAGGCAUUGGUCGAACGAGAGCUUGCCAGCCAGGACCUCAUCGUGGAGCUUGUUCGCAGCACUGAUGACGCUGCAACCUCAUUCGCCGAAAUAGACUCCUUCGGCCUUUGCUGUGCAGCAGAUGAGGAAGACGAAAAUGUCGUGCUGAUAGAGGACAUUUUGUCGGCUUCGCCUGCGGCAGACUGGAACAACGAUCAAGACAGGUCCCAGCCUUGGGGCACAUUUAUGCUCAUCGGCGAUGAGAUCAAGGAGGUCAAUGGCAAAACUGGUUCAGAAAACAUGUUGUCGGAACUCGCCACGGCGAGCCGGGCAGUUCUGCACAUAACACGCCCCUCUCGAAGGGCCCGCGCCGUGCUGGAAGCCACUGCAGGAGAUGUGGUCGCGGCUGGAGAUAUACUGCUUGGCGAUGAUGCUGCAACGGCCCUCCACCUGAACAGCGAGGACCAGGUCUGUGCCAUUUGCACAGAUACGCAGCGACGUGGAGGAGCAUUGAGAAUACGACCCUGUGGUCAUGGAUGGUUUUGCCGCGGCUGCAUUCAGCAAUGGACAGCUGUGCAGAUGAGCGAGGGCAAAAGCGCUGUCAAUUGUCCCAUACCAGAAUGUAGACGAAGUAUUGGACACCGGCAGCUGCGCGCAGUCCUUUCGAUUGCUGACUUCGGCCGCUUCGUGCGAAGAUCUGUGGAAAACCUAUGCCUGGCUGAUCCGUCUUUAAUCGCUUGCCCAACGCCGGACUGCCCAUACCGUGCUUGGAUCGGCGAAGGUGAUCGGUCGAGACUCAUCUGCGAGGAGGAAGCCCGCCGGUCUGCUUUGAUGAUGGAGGGUUACCAACGUAUCGUGCCUCGAAUUGAGGAGUGCCUGCGACAAGCUAUGUUCCGCAGCUGCCCUGGAUGCAACAUGCCCAUCGAACGCACAAAUGCAUGUUGCCAUAUGACUUGCUCACACUGCCACACGGAGUUCAGCUGGAUCUGUGGCAACAUCUAUAAUGUCUGCAGGGCCACACACAACUGCAUGCACAACUCCAUAUACUUGCACGAGAUUUUGGGCGAUGAGCUCCGACGUAGAAAUCUACCGGCAACAGAUGAGAUGGGCAGCGAUUUGUUUCUGGAAUUCCGUGCAGCAUACCUUUUGGCACAAAUCAGGGCAGAAGUUGGUGAGGAGAUGUGGCAGACACUGCAAAGCAACCGGCCAGAUCUCUUACAUAACGUAAUUCGUGGUCGUGGAAGCAUUCCCUGGGACAACUCUGCGGUUCUUGCUCGUUUGCGGCAGGCACUGCCGCAUGCUUUUCCAUGA